GAAAGUCCCUAAGAGUUGAACAGGAAACUUGAAAAUGGAAGUUUCGUUUCGGAGACAGGAACUAAUACCUUGGUUUGUUUCCUUGUCAGUGAAACCUGACCCUUUCUUUGCUUCAAAUUGGCAAUGUUUUCGCACCCAGCGACUUCCACAUCCGCGUCCCGGAGCAUUCGGAAGAACGUGUCCCACAGACUGACCCUCGGAGCUCAGGAACAGGAGGAGGCCAUUUAACGUCUCAAGCCUCUUCGACAUUCACCGCAUCCCCUCCCUCAUCUGCAAGCAACUUAUGGGCAACAUGAAGCAGAUCGAUGCUAGCAAUGGACAGGUGUAUGCAGUGGAUUUUAGAGGAAAUGUAUUCACCAGGAGGGGCAAUUUCUGGGCCACAAUUCCAGGAAACCUCCAGCAUGUCACUGUGGGUGCGUCAGGAGUCUGGGGAGUCGGCAAGAAUGGAAUACUUUACCGUCUGGUCGAUGGGUUCUGGGCCAUUCUGGCAGGGCAGCUCACUCAGGUAGAUGCUGGUGGGGACCAGAUUCUCGUUGGAGUUGACCGACGCCGCUCUGUCUUUUGCGCCAACAAGAGGGCAGCGGUUUCAGCGGCCAAUAGCAACAGCCCAUCUUACCACACCAUCCAGGGGAGAAUGAAAUAUUACUCAUGCGGGCCCAGAAGCUGCUGGGGCAUUAACGCCAUCGGCAACAUCUAUUGCCGAAUUCACGUAAAGCGCAAAUUUUGCACCGGGACCCAUUGGGUGAGGGUGCCUGGUCGAUUCUUGAUGGUGGAGGUUGGCACAGAUGGCACAGUCUACGGGAUCGGUCUCAAUGGGCAGCUCUACCGCAGGUACGGCAUA